AUGACAUGCGUGCCCUCUGAAGGCUCGCCGGAGGGAGAUGCUUGUCGUCGCGUUCCAUAACAGCCUCCGGCGACGACGACGGGCUCUCCAUUUUCGUUCAUGGAAAAUAAGCGAGGAAGUGGGGCAUUAUGCCUUCCUAAAGUCUCUCAUCCUAGACAAUGUAGGAAGUAGUGGGGAUUUUGUUUGUUAUGUACCAUACGAGCAAACUACGACGUAGGGGGAGGAUAGAUCUUCGAUGCCUUGGGCACUUUCUAGUUUAGUUCAUAUUUCUUCUUUCUGCCGUCUAGGUUCCAUGAUGACCUGAAUAGAUCACCUUGUUGAUAUCAGAAUAAUCAAUUUGUUUGAAGUUGAUACUCUGCAAACAGUGGCAUUACAGCAGGAUAGGUGACCUAGGGCUGACAGUUGAAUGAACUGAUCUCAUAAUAGUAGUUGUCUUCAUUUUUUUUAUUGUUGGCGUGUAUAUAAAAUUUCUCUCCUCGGUCAGACAGCAUCCUUAGGUGGUUUCGACGUUAAUUCAUUUCGCCUAAGUAGUCUUUCAUUGUUUCGCCUAAGUAGGGAUACAAUGUUUUGCUUCAUGCAUGAUGCAACACCGACCAUCGUUUGUACAAUGUAGAUAGAAUAGGUCUAAUCGUCAGUUUUAAGUUGAAGGUUCUCCAGAUGAAAUUGACUGCAAAUAGGAAACACAUUGUUGGGCGCUGGUACCAUAGCUUCAACAGCAUUUCCCUGGUUGGUGUAAUGUGGCCAUUCUGGCAUCGAAUUUUCUUAUCAAAAUCGAUUCACACACUGGAAACCAGGUAAAUAUAAUAAUGGUCCAGGGAAACUUGGCCUAAACGAGAGAUGAACUUAGAGAAAGCUUAAUUUCAUACCCUCUUGAUGAUGUUUCAGUGUUUAACUUUUUCCCUAUUAUUUUAAAUUCUAUGUGCAAUGGAACCAUAAACUGAAUAUGACGUAAAAUUUUCCGCUCCCAUUAUCCUUCAAGAAUAAUGAAAAUCAUGAACUGAGAAAGUGAAUUGAAAAAAAAAGUACGUAGGUAUUAAAUUUCAGUUAAUUUUCUUCUCAUGACUGUAAAUGCAGCUAUGUAGUGAGUUUUCCAUCAAAACGGAAUCGUACACUGUGGGACUUUUAAGCGAUCUCCUGCUGACCCAAUGUUUUUGGACUAGAUUGAUGUGCAUGCCUAGAAAUUACUGACACAUCGUCAUUCCCAACAGACCUCCAGCAUUCGAUUAAUUAUUCUAUUCUAAUAUACUUUUAAAUGAAUGUUAUGAACUACCUUAUGCGAGAAUGAAUGUCACAAAACAUUAUGCUGUAGAACGCAAUACGUUUUGAGUUAAAUAAGAUUGUCUUGGAUGAACGUUUGCAGACAUCAGUGUGAACAGGACGAAGCAAAACAAGAGAGCUACAAUAGAGGACAUAAGCAGCAUAACUCUGCCCGAACUUUCCAAGUAUUUUGAUGUUCCGAUCGCAGAAGCAUCAAGGCAUUUGAAUGUCGGGCAGACCGUAUUAAAACGAAAAUGCAGGGAAUUCGGAAUCCCUCGUUGGCCACAUCGCAAGAUCAAGUCACUUGACACCCUCAUACAAGAUCUCCAGGUGCCUAAUCUUUCAUCUCUUCUUUCUCUGAUGGAUAUUAUCUGUCCAUAUGCUAUGCUUGAUUGGUUGAACCGCUUUAAUUCACUGAUUAAAUGAUGCAUCUUUACGUAAAUUUACCAUUAAUUGUUUUUGUUACACCAUGGAAUAUUAUCGACACUUCUGAGAUCAUCCCCGUUUAUUACUAAAUCAAUCCGGCUCAUCUUAUCUUGGCUAUGGGUCCCUUUUCUAUUGGGAUUUCCACCGACACGCAACGCAACUGUCCACCCUGAAAAUGAACCGAUCUAAUGCGGCGCGAGCGUCUAACUCGUGGGAGCGAUUGUGAUGGCGUCAAUUCCUACCGCAUUUGCUCCAUCUUUACCCCCUCUUAGAUGGUCCAUAGCUGAGUUCCUGUGUCGUGCCAGGUCGUGGUGGAGGAACGAAGAGGGCAGGAUGAAAGCGCCGCGGCGGCUGAGAAACAGCGUCUGCUGGAGAUGGAGAAGCAGAGCAUCAAGAAGGAUCCCGUCAUGGACCUGCAGAGCGAGACCAAGAGGUUCCGGCAGGACAUCUUCAAGAGAAGGCACAGGCUGAAGGCCCUUGGACAGCAAAGCACAGAGGAAGCCGCCAUGGGAGACGACCUCCUCUACUUCGUGAGAUCAGUCAACCCCACCACCGCCGCCAAGAGAGAAGACGCCCAAAGAAACCACCUUGAAGGCAAGUCGCGGAAGGAGAACCCUCCCCGGGUGAUGACCCCCGCCCUUUCAUAA